GGCGGCGCCGGGCCGGGCCGGGCCGAGCCGAGCCGAGCCGAGCCGAGCCGGGCAGGGCAGGGCCGGGUCCGGCUGAACCGAAACGAACAGAACUCGUGCGGGCUGGGCUGAGCCGCGCCGCCAUGUCGGAGCGCGGCGCCGCGGGCCCGGGCCCCGCCGCCAUGCAGGUGUGCAGGAUCAUGCGCCCGGACGACGCCAACGUGGCCGGGAACGUGCACGGCGGCACCGUGCUGAAGAUGAUCGAGGAGGCCGGAGCCAUCAUCAGCACCCGCCACUGCAACUGCCGGGCCGGGGAGCCCUGCGUGGCCGCCCUGGCGCGGGUGGAGCGCACGGACUUCCUCUCCCCGAUGUGCAUCGGCGAGGUGGCCACCGUCAGCGCGGAGAUCACCUACACCUCCAAGCACUCCGUGGAAGUCCAAGUCAGCGUGCUGUCUGAGAACAUUUUAACGGGGGCCAAGAAGGUGGCGAACAAGGCGACGCUGUGGUACGUGCCCCUGUCCCUGAAGAACGUGAACAAAGUUGUGGAAGUUCCUCCCAUGCAGUACGCGCGCAAGGAGCAGGAAGACGAAGGAAGGAAACGUUACGAAGAGCAAAAGCUGGAUCGACUGGAAACCAAACAAAGGAACGGGGACGUGAUCUUCCCUGUGAUCAACCCAGAGCCGCAUACCGUGGGCUACAGCCAGUCUAGCCUGAUCCACCUGGUGGGACCGUCGGACUGCACUUUGCUUGGGUUCGUGCACGGCGGUGUCACCAUGAAGCUCAUGGACGAGGUCGCGGGGAUUGUCGCCGCCCGCCACUGCAAGACCAACAUCGUCACGGCCUCCGUGGACGCCAUCAACUUCCACGAGAAGAUCAAGAAAGGUAGCGUUAUUACUGUUUCUGGACGCAUGACCUUCACAAGCAAUAAAUCCAUGGAAAUUGAGGUCUUUGUGGAUGCCGACCCUUUUGUGGACGAGCCUCAGGAAAGAUACCGGGCUGUCAGUGCUUUCUUCACUUACGUGUCCCUCAGCAAGGAGGGGAAACCUCUGCCGGUCCCACAGCUGCUGGCAGAGACCGAGGACGAGAAGAGGCGUUUCGAGGAGGGCAAAGGGAGAUACCUUCAGUCGAAAGCCAAGCGGCAGGCGCAGGCGCAGCCGGCGGCCCGGCAGUGAUCCCCGGCGCGGGCGCCGCUGGCCGCCGCCGCCUCUUCCUCGGACCCUUCGCUCGGCCGAACUCCCGCGUUCCCCUCGGCGCCGUGCCAAGCGCGCGGGGCCCCGGCCGCUCGCCCCGUGCUGCCGCGCCGCAGCAGCCGCCUUUCGAAUGAAGCUCGCCGCCCCGACGCGAGCGGAUGCGGGAAGCCGCCGGCUCGCGGGCGCCGGGCCGGGCGCAGCGGCGCCCGCGCCCCCAGCUUCUGCGUCCUGUCCUCGCCGCUCGGCUCCGCAGCUGCGCGCGGCCUGGCGCCCUAGCCGGCGCGCUCCGGCGGGCCCGCGGUGCCGGCGGGCGCCCGGGCGUGUUCUCGUGUUGUUCGUCUCUCCCCCCCGUAGCCGGGUCCCGCGGCCGGGCGCGGAGCGCCGCGGGCAGCCGGGGCGCGCGGGGCC